AUGGCGUUCACCACGCUGAGCCGUAAGCACGGGUUCAAAGUAUCUCCGGGGUUCCCGUGCUCGGUGGAGGAGUGCAGCCUGGCCGUGGGGGAGGUAGUCGGCCACGGCAGCAUCAGGUCGGCCGCCCGGAUGAACGGAGCGGUCGUGGUGUUUGUUGAUAGCGUGGACAAAGCUAACGCUAUGGUGGAGUCGGGGCUCGUUAUUAAUGACGCGCUGGUCUCGGUGACUCCGUUAACUACACCGGCUACUAGAGUCACCGUGUCCAACAUCCCGCCGUUCAUCCGGGACGACGUCCUGCAGAGAGAGCUGAGCCGGUACAGCAAGAUAGUGUCCCCGUUCAAGAUGCUGCCGUCAGGCUGCAGGUCUCCUCUGCUGAGACAUGUCGUGUCUCACAGGAGACAGGUGCUGAUGAUCCUGAAUAACAAAGAUGAGGAGCUGAAUCUGGGGGGGCCAUGCACAGCAGAGACAAUAUACCUGGGCUUCCUGUGUGUUGUUCUGUGUGUUUCCAGUCUGUCAGGCUGUCUGAUCUCAGAGGAAGGCUGUUCUUCUCUGGUCUCAGCUCUGAGCUCCAACCCCUCCCAUCUGAGAGAGCUGGACCUGAGCUACAAUCAUCCAGGAGACUCAGGAGUGAAGCUGCUGUCAGCGGGACUGAAGGAUCCUCUCUGGAGACUGGACACUCUCAGGGUGGAGCCUGCUGGAGUCAGAUGGUUGACACCAGGUCUGAGGAAGUAUUCCUGUGAACUCACAGUCGACACCAACACGGUGAACAGGAACCUCAAACUGUCUCACAACAACAGGAAGGUGACAUCAGUGAAGGAGGAUCAGCCAUAUCCUGGUCAUCCAGAGAGGUUUGAGACCUGGUCUCAGCUGCUGUGUAGAGAUGGUCUGACUGGUCGCUGUUACUGGGAGGUCCAGACCAGAGGAGAUGUUCAUAUAUCAGUGAGUUACAGAGGAAUCAGGAGGAGAGGAGUAAGUGAUGACUGUGUGUUUGGAUGUAAUGAUCAGUCCUGGAGUCUGGUCUGCUCUGAUGAUGAUGGUGGUUACUAUGUCCGUCACAAUAACAGAGAAACCUCCGUCUCCGUCCCCCCUGUCUCUGGUAGAGUAGCAGUGUAUGUGGACUGUCCUGCUGGCUCUCUGUCCUUCUACACAGUCUCCUCUGACUCACUGAUCCACCUCCACACCUUCAACACCACAUUCACCCAGACUCUCUAUCCUGGGUUUGGGAUCUGGUUUCGGGGCUCCUCAGUGUCUCUGUGUUCUGUGUGGACUGGCUGGUUCUGGUUCAGGUCUGGCUCGGUCCAAGUCCAUCCCGAGCCAGAGCUUCUCCUCCGAGGAGACCUCAACACCAACAGCUGUUUGAUAGAAGACAGACUGGGAGAGGAGGAGGAGAGGAAGGAAGAAGAAGAAGAAGAAGAGUUAUCUGUCAGCUAA